AUGGCCUGCAUUGGAGGCGCAAGCAGGUAUGCAUUCGAGUUUUUACUUUUUACUUUUUACCUUUUACUUUUUAUUACUUUUUUACUUUUUAUUACUUUUUUACUUUUUAUUACUUUUUUACUUUUUACUUUUUUACUUUUUUACUUUUUACUUUUUUACUUUUUACUUUUGGUAUUUUACUUUUUAGAAAAUUUUUGGGAAUUUUUACAAAUUUCUGGAAACUUUUUUGAAGAUCUUUUAAUUGGUCCACUUAGUUGGGCGAUAACCAUUAAUUCUAUUCUAUUCUAUCUCCAAUGUUAA